CACAAAACAAAGACACACCCUGCGCUCCCCGUCUCCACAUGUCGAACAGAGCACGGCCGACACAGUCCAGAUACCAAGAAGCCAGGCCGUCGCCGCGGCUAUGAUGCCACCCGCGGCCGUCGCCCUCGCGCUCCUCGUGGUCUCGACGCUGCAGCCCCGGGCGGCGGUGCAGGCGCAGGUGUCGGCCGCUCCGGCGGCGGCUCCGGCGCCCAGCUGGGGGGAGCUGGACUGCACGGGCGCGCAGCUCAACCUGUCCUCCUGCCUGACGUACGUGGAGUCCGGGAGCGCGCUGACGCGGCCGGAGAAGGGCUGCUGCAGGGCGCUCUCCGGCGUCGUCGACAGCGAGGCCGCCUGCCUUUGCGGGCUCGUGGGCGGGUACGGGUCCUUCGGGGUCCGCAUCGACGCCGUGCGUGCCCUCGCGCUGCCCACCAUCUGCCGCGUGGAAGCGCCACCGCCCAGGCUCUGCGCCAUGCUGGGCUUGCCCGGCGCGGAGCCGCCGGGCGGCGCCGUGCCCCCGGCGUCAGGUACGAAAUGACAGUAGUAUAUGCUCUGCAGCGUGCAAUAAAUGCUU